AUGGCUUCUGACACCAUCACCACCCUCAACUACUUCGUCGCUCCACUCGACGGCUCUCGGCCUUACAAUAGAGUCAACGCAGAUAGCGCCACGGGAAAGCUGGCCCGCAACUACACCCUGGAGCCGCAUGAUAUGCGAAUUGAGGACGUGCGCGGGAAGGAGGAACUUCACAAGCUUGACAAUGCUGGAUUUCAGUUUGGGCGAGAAGCGCCGAAGCACACUAGCUUCUUGAAUGAUGAUGAGAUUGAGCGCGAAUACUACCCUGAGAGCAUUGAUCUCAUCAAGAGGGUUACGGGAGCAACCAAAAUCGUCAUCUUCGAUCACACUGUUCGUCGCCGCCGCCCAGGCGAGUCAGGCGAUAACCCACAGAAACGUCAACCAGUCUCCGCAGCUCAUGUGGACCAAACGCCUGCGGCGGCUAUUGGUCGUGUUCAUAGGCAUCUCCCGCCAACAGAAGCCCCUUCCUUCCUUCGCAGACGCUUCCAAAUCAUAAACCUUUGGCGUCCUAUAUCGCAUGCAGCUGUUGAUUGGCCACUUGCGCUAUGCGACUUCCGCAGUGUCGAUUUCGAGAAAGACUUGGUACCUGUCGCUCUCAUAUACCCUGACCGCGAGGGUGAAACAUUUGGGGUGAAAUACAACCCAAACCACCAGUGGAAAUACUUGAAGGCGAUGACCCCAGAAGAAUUUGUUCUUAUCAAGUGCUCUGAUUCGAUACAGGAUGGCAGUGUUGCGAGGUUGACCCCUCAUACUGGGUUCCAAGACCCGAGCACUCCAGAGGGAACGCCGCCUCGGGAAUCCAUCGAGCUGAGAGCUCUGGUAUUCUAUGAUUAG